CCGGGCUCCCCGGGGCCGCCGCAGGGGCCGCGCCCGCGGGGCUCCAUGAUUUUCCCCCGGGUGCUCUCCUGUGCUGUUCUGCUGCUCCUGCUCGUGGCUGUGCUAAGCAGAGGCAGGAGGUGCAGCAUCGCCAAAAUCCUCCGGCAGUACCGCGCUGUCAUCUUCCAUGAGAUCCAGAACCUGAGGAACCUGACUGGGUCGGUGUACAGGAGCGGGAGGGCUGGGCCCGCUUGUCGUUCGGACAAGGACCAGAAGAUCCUGCUGUCCAUCUACAACAUCAGCAUGUCCCUGCGGGAGGUGGGGGCCAGCACCCUGCAGGGCCCUGAGGAGCUGGCAGUCUGGAGGGUGGCCAGGAACACUGAGAUCGUGCUCCGGGAGAACUGCAGGAAAAUCAGCAAGAGCCCACCACACACGGCCCCGGCACAGCCCCGGCGCGGAGGACCCGGCCGCAGGAGGAAGCAGCUGCGGGAGAUCGGCAGGAGGGCGGAGAGGCUGGUGACCUGCUGGGAGAAGCUCAAUGUCCUGCACGCACCCCGCCAAGCACCCUGGGACUCGUAGGGACGCCCUCGCCGCACGCCGGGGGAUGUGCAGCUCCAGCACCGGGGCUGCCAGUGGCUUGUCUGGGGACCUGGGACAAACUCAGCCCUGAGGGCAGAGGGGUUGCUGCCAGCAGGUGCCCAGCUGAAUUCAUCCUUCUGCUCCAAGCGGUGCCCAGGGGCCGGAUCCACCACCCGUGGUUGGGGCUGGCAGGGUGGUUUGCUGUGGGAUGGGUGUGACAGAAAGCUGGAACACCAGAAACACUGGGAAGAAGAAGGGGAAGAACUGAAAAUAGAAGGUGAGGGGUGGAUUCUGCCUUGCUUCUGGCCCUGCAGCACCUGCUGCUCUUUUGGGGACAAUGGGUGUGUUUUGGGGCAGAAAGAGGACAGGUGGGGCCAUGGCUCCGGGGGCUCUGCUGGAAGUGGGACCACAGUCCAUCUGCAAGGCUCUGAGGGUGUUUGGGCUGUGGAUGGGGACAGGUGUCCCUGAGGCACUGCUGGGAUAUGCACCCACAGUGGACAGGGAAGUCAGGGUGCAUCACUGGGCACAUGGGGAAGCCUGGGGAGUUCCAGUACCAAAAAAUCCCAGGCAGGUGCAGGGUCUCGAGGCCAGGCUCAGCCUCGGUGACGGGCAGCACUGUGGAGGGGCCCGGCUGCUUGGCACUGUGGGUGCCCCAGCAGGAAGGGAAUGGUGGGGUGUGAGGUGAGGUGAAGGGCAUCCUCCCUUGUCACUGUGCCCUGCCAGCACCCUGUCUGUGGCCUCCACUGCUCUGUUGGGUGGCAAACAGUCUCUGGGAAGCCAUAAAUAAAACCUCUCCUUCCCUGGAA